CGCACGACAGCAGCAAGCCCGAUCAGCAAGCCUAGUCUACGCCCGGCAUUAAUGAUCCCAUGUCGUGCACCCCGAUACAAUGCUACCGUCAACUCCUGCUCAGCCGCCCUCCGCCCUUUCGGCGGCGCCCUGACACGAGCUAAUCAACGGACCUCCCGCGAGGCGGUAACGACAUGCCAUGCUACCACCCCCUUUUCUCACCGAGACUGACCAUGUCCCGAGUCGUGAGUCGUGGCCACACGCGCGCACAAAGGAGGGCUGGCGCCAUAAAGGAGGGCCGUAUCGCCUCCCUCCUUUGUGCCGCCGGCCACUGGCAUCCUUCCGUCUCGCCUUCCCGUCGACGCCGUGGAUGUCGUCAACCUCCUCUUUGUCACUGGCCACGGGUGCUUUGUUUCCUCCCAUAACAGCAGGCCCCUCGAUGCCAUAGCAUACCUAAGGACAACUGGUGCUCCCCGUCGUCUUUAUCACUGCCCAUUCCUCAGUGUCUCCAUCACACGUCUCCCUCUCUCCCUCUCUCUCUUUGCUGUCACCAUGGCAAUCCUCUGCAAGGGGCCUGUUGACCCAUUGACGGCAACAUGGCAACUCUCCUCACCUUUGUUCACGGCAUGCUCUGCUCGCCGGCGACCCGACUACAAAUAUCCAGGGCAGGCGAGGCAGAGGCCUCAGAAAGUGAAGAUGGGAGUCACACGGCACAGCCAAAACGGAGAGAGGCGAGCGAGAAGAAGAAAAACCACUAUCGCAACGUCGAAAUCACUACCAGCGAAAGGCUACGCAGACAUCGUGGGCAUGAGCAAGAACAGCAAGAACAGCGAUCCCUACCUUCCGCGGAACUUCAAGAUGGAGGCUGCGAAGGUUGAGGAGGAGAAGCCGGUGGCAGACGUGCCGGAACGCCCAUCCUUGCAGAAGCACGAGUUUUUCUUCAAGGUUCCUCGAGACUACAGCAAGCCGCUCAGCAGCGACAAGGGCUCAAAGACCACCCUUCAUGCGCAAAUCAUCCGGGCGAAGAAGGGCAGCGCCAAGGGGCGCGAGGCACGCCUUUCCGACUUUGACCCCCUGCCCACUUUUGCAUACCUCUGUGGCGGGCCAGGCUCUGCUCAGGAUGAGGGCCGCCACCAGGUUCUGACAGACCAUGUCGUCCGAAACGGCUUUCAGCUGCUCCUCCUCGACUACCGGGGCACGGGCGGCAGCGAGAAGCUCGACCUAGAGAGGAUCAAGGAUCUGCAGGCUAGCAGCAAGGACGGUAGCAGCGAGGUGGUGCGCGCCUUCCAGGACACGCGCCAGGGCAACAUCGUGCGCGAUCUAGAGGCGAUCCGCUUGUACCUCGCCGCGAGCUGGCCGACUAGCAAGCAUAACACUGACGCCACUAAACUCGUCCUGCUUGGACAAUCGUACGGUGGCUGGGUCGCCAUGCUCUACGCGCAACGCUACCCCGAGAGCGUGCGCGGCUGCCUGCUCACGGGCGGCAUGCCGCCCAUCGGGGCGAGUCCUAUCGAGGUGUACAACCGGCUGUUCGACUCGGUCGCCAAGGACAACGAGACGUUCUACAACGACGCGUCGAUCCGCUUCGGCAGCACGGAGGACCCUCGCACGCUGGUCCUGCGCAUCGCCAAGGCGAUCCUCAAUCGUCCCGGCGAGAACAAGGACAAAAACAGGCUGAGCCUGACCACAUUCGCCAGCAUGGGCCGCAGCCUGGGCGAGCCGGACGGAGCAAGCCACUUGUACGCCAAGCUGCUCAAGAUCGACAAGGCGCUCCACGACGCCCGUGGCAAGGAGAGCGCGGCUAGCGUCGCGCUGGACGGGAAGACUGUCUUCGACGCCAUCGACACGCACACCUUCAACAAGCGUCUCAUCUACGGCGUCGAGCACGAGAUGCAGUGCUAUGUCGCCGACAAGGGCGGCCAGUCCAUGUGGAGCGCCGAGGAGGUGCGCGACGACGGCAAGUACAGCGACCGGUACGCCUGGGUCUCAGCCCAGUCGGCCGCCGAGCUCGACGCGCUCGCCAAGAGGGGCAGCUUCUACUUCCUGGGCGAGGCCUUCAUGCCCGAGCACGCCGAUGACUACGCUGGCCUCCGCGCCCUCGGCGGCCGCAAGUUCGCCGAGCGGCUGGCACUCGCCGGCCAGACCGAGGAUCUGUGGGACGUAGCCCGGCUCAAGGACAACAAGGUGCCCAUCUACUCGACCAUCUACCCGACCGACAUGUACGUCGACGCUAAGCUGGCCGUCCGCGCCACCGCCCUCGUCGGGCCCUCGAUCCGGUUCAAGGAGCUCGACAAGGCCAGCGGCCUGCGCCACAACGCCAUCCGCGUUGCCACGGAGCAGCUGCUCACCGUAUUCAAGGGGCUUGGCUGCGAGUACUUUGACAAGACCAUCCGCUAAGAUGAUUGCCAGGCUGCUCUUCUGCAAAUGCAUGCUAGGGAGAAUGCCCUAGCGCUGCAGCUGCAGCCCUAGUCUGCUUGACUUGCCUUUUCUUAUCCUUCGGCGUUCCGGAUUCACAUUACCAGACUUACUUUACCCGGGAUUUCUGUUCCCUUUUUUAUCUGAUUUUGCGCAUGGCACACAUCAUGAGCACACCACCUUUCUCAUAAUGCCAUUUCAUUGUACAGGAGUUUAGAGGCCCCCUAACUGCUCUGGGGUUUUAGGUUCAUAGCG